AUGUCUCUUCUAAGUCAACUACCUGCGCCUACGCAGCGUAUUAUUGAUGCGCAAACAGACCUGAUUGCUAAUCCAUCACAUGUUAUUGUGCAUAAGUCGAGUUUACCUCCAUACGGCCAUCGAAAACAUUGGUUCCCGCGUAAUGAAGACGACUUCGGUGAUGGAGGUGCUUUUCCAGAAAUACAUAUGCCUCAGUAUCCUCUUGGAAUGGGGCGACAGAAGAGUUCAUCUAAUGCUCUUGUGAUGAAAACAGACAAAGAUGGUAAAGUUCGGUAUGACGAAUUGGUGCGAGGAGGGCACGCCAAAGACCGGAUUAUUUAUUCGAAAUUCACCGACCUUCUCCCCAAGCCGAUUGAUGAAGAUGAUGAGGAGCUGCAGAAGCCCUCUAAGGAAACCGUCGAAGAGACGACAGAAAAAACGCGAAAGGCUCUUGAAGCCCUUGUUGAACAGAAGGUUGCGGCCUCUUUACCAGUCAGAAAAGCUGAAAGAACAGGCCCCGCUGAGUACAUUAGCUACACACCAGCUCAACAAGGUCCAGCUUUCAAUAGUGGCGCCCAGCAACGUCUUGUACGUAUGGUGGAGGCACAACGUGAUCCAAUGGAACCCCCUAGAUUUAAAAUAAAUCAAAAAAUUCCUCGAGGACCACCGUCACCACCUCCACCACUGAUGCAUUCACCGUCACGAAAGGUGACCGCAAAGGAACAAGCGGAGUGGAAGAUACCACCAUGCAUUUCCAACUGGAAGAAUCCCAGAGGUUACACCAUCCCACUGGAUAAACGUGUCGCCGCUGACGGUCGUGGUCUCCAAACCACUCACAUCAACGAGAAUUUCGCCAAACUGGCGGAAGCUCUUUACACCGCGGAUCGCAAAGCUAGAGAAGCCGUCGAAUUGCGUUCACAAAUCGAGCGAAAAGUUGCCUCUAAAGUGCGUGAACGCAAGGAGGAGCAACUCCAGAAAAUUGCUAUGGAGGCGCGUGCCGCCCGUGCUGGUUUGCGACGCGGAUCGAACGCAGAUGAUGAAUCCGAAGUGGCGAGCAGGGAUCAGAUCCGUCGUGAGCGUGCGCGUGAUCGUGCCCAUGAUCGCAAUCUCAGUCGAGCUGGUGCAGAGGGCAAGGUACGAACUCAGCGGGACAAAGACCGUGAUAUCAGUGAACAGAUUGCUCUGGGGAUGCCGAAUCCACGGCUCAAUGCAAACUCUGAGUCCAUGUUUGACCAGCGUCUGUUCAACCAGUCACGUGGCAUGGAUUCUGGUUUUGCAGGAGGUGAGGAUGAUCUUUACAACAUCUACGACAAGCCCUGGCGUCAGGAGUCCAAUUUCGGUACUCAUAUCUAUCGUCCUCGUCAAACUGAUACUGACACAUACGGCAACGAUCUGGAGGCUGCUGGCAAGCAGAGACAAUUCGUACCGGAUCGUGGAUUUGCGGGAGCUGAUAGGAGCCGCCAUCUCGAAGGUCCUGUGCAGUUUGAGAGGGGUGGAGAAGAUCCAUUUAACGUCAGUACCUUCUUGUUGGAGGCUAAGAAGGCGGACAAGAGACCUGGCGACUCCUCGACCACAUCAAAUCGAGAUACGACGUAUCGAAAACGUGAACGGCGCGAUUAA